AUGGCGACCUCGACUUCUACCGCAAUUGAGCUGCAGCCCACUCAGGCUGCACGCUCUCAGCAGUCCGUCACGGAGGACCUGAACCUCUUCUCUUCGGAUCUGGACCCAGUCUUACAGACUUCCCGACUCAACGAUUCCACUGUCCCUGAUGGCGGGUACGGCUGGGUCGUCGUGGGCGCCUGCGCUGUCACCUGCUGGUGGUGGAUUGGCACGCCUUACUCAUGGGGCGUCAUGCAGAGCGCCCUGGUAGAGAGGGACGUUUCUACACCGGCCGUCCUGGCGUUUGUGGGCUCGCUCGCCGCGGCGCUCAUAUCGGCCAUGGCACUCGUGAACUCGGUCGUCCUGCAGAAGUUCGGGGCCAGGAAAACGGCGAUGAUGAGCAUGGUCCUGAUCAGCCUCAGCGAGUUCCUGAGUAGCUUCACUUUCCAGAACAUCACCGCGCUGUUUUUCACGAGUGGAUUCAUGAUGGGGUUAGGUGUUAGCUUGGGCUUUUCGGCUUCAUCAACAAUACCAGCCCAGUACUUCAGCCGCAGACUAGGCCUUGCAAACGGCAUUGUCUUCGCCGGCGGCGGUUUGGGGGGCGCCACCACCAGUUUUGCACUUGACGAGUUGCUUAACCGCCUGGGCCCAGCCUGGACCUUCCGCUGUCUUGCUCUCAUGACCUUUGCGACAGGUGUGCCUGCAGCAUACCUCAUUAAAGAGAGAGUUCCCUAUCGACGGACUGGAUUUGUGGAAUGGCGACUCUUCAAGUCAUUUACUUUUGACGUUAUCUUCCUGGCCGGCGCCAUAGGGACUUUCCCACUCUUCGUGCCUCCUUUCUUCAUCCCACUGUAUGCCAAAUCCAUCGGUCUCCCCUCCAGCGCCGGCGCGGGUCUCGUGGCAGCCUUCAACUUUUCCUCGGCGCUCGGCAGAAUCGGCUGCGGAGCCCUCUGUGACAGGCUGGGAGCCUUGAACACUCUCCUGCUAUCGCUCAUCACCACUGGCCUUAGCAUUCUCGCUUUAUGGCCGGCCUCGACGACCCUCGCUCCCAUGAUUGCCUUUGUGAUCUUGAACGGGAUAUCAAACGGGGGGUUCUUCUCAACCAUGCCAACCGUCGUAGGCAACGUGUUUGGGUCGGCAAGGGUGACUACGGCAAUGGGCAUGAUCGUCACCGGGUGGGUAGGCGGUUAUCUGAUGGGCGCACCAAUUGCUGGAUAUAUGCUCGAGGCAUAUGGUGGUGCUGACAGCGAUCUUGGCGCAUACCGUCCAGCCAUGUACUACGCUGGAUCUCUUGCUUUGGCGGCCGCUGGUCUCGUCGCUGCAGUUCGGUUCCGCAAGAGUAAACAAUUAUUGAAGAGGCUGUAG